AAAAAAAUGUGGUCAAAAUUAGAGAUAUUAUUUUCAAUAAAAAUUAUUAUAUUCUUGUUAAAUACUGAAGUUAUAUCACAAAGACGUGUUGGAAGAUUUCAAGAAGUAUUUGCAUGGAAACAACUGACGUACAACAUUGGCGGGAACUUAGUACUUCAAGAUAGAUUCGCAGAUGACGUGUCAGAUGCUAGAAGUAAAAGAGAGUCUGACAUCGUUUUCUUUGACGAUAAAGAAGAGGAUACCAGGGAAUGGAACCAAGGGCCGCCUGAACUACCUUCGGUUAAUAAUGAAGGCACCACAACGGUUAGACCAGUUGAUGAACAAGGUAGAUUCUUCGUGCAGUACAACAACGUACCGAUGGGUGUUGAACGAGUCGGUGACAGAUUGUUCGUCACAGUACCACGGAGACGAUAUGGUAUACCAUCAACAUUGAAUUAUUUAGACCUAACGAAGGAUUCAAACACUAGAUCGCCAAGCCUUAAACCCUAUCCUAGUAUCCGGCGAUCCAGAGAUCUGACAUCUGUGUAUAGGACCAGAGCCGACGAAUGUGGGAGACUAUGGAUGGUUGAUACCGGUCUAUUGGAAAUACCAGGCUCACCUCAACAAGUUCAACAACCAGCUAUAGUUAUAUACGAUUUAAGAACAGACCAACAAAUAUUGAGAUAUUCAUUUAAAAAUACUGAUAUUCCAGCAGCAAAUACUCCUACAGGUCUGGCGUCUAUAACCAUAGACAUAAACGGCGAUUGCAGCGACGCUUAUGCUUACGUUCCGGAUCUAACGACAUUCGGUCUCAUUGUUUACUCGUUAAAAGAUAACGACAGUUGGCGUCUCACUCAUAACUACUUCUACCUCUCUCCAACAGCUGGGAACUUCAGGAUCGCUGGACAAAGGUUUCAAUGGGGCGAUGGGAUAUUUAGUAUAACUUUAACACAGCCUGGUAAAGACGGCUGCAGAACUGCAUACUUCCAUCCAUUGGUCAGUUUUCAAGAGUUCUCAGUAUCUACGUGCGUGUUGAAGAAUAGAACUGCUAGUUCUGAUGACAACUUCUGGUCUAGGUUUUCUGAAGUCGGCUUCCGAGGUCAAGACAGUCAGUGCACCAUGCACGGUUACCAUGACAACAGUCGUGUUGUAUUCUUCGCUGAAGUAGGCAGAGAUGCGAUAUCCUGCUGGCAUUCAGCACGCAUGCUGUCACCUAAUAAUGUUGUUAUAUUAGCACAAGAUCGACAAAGGAUGAGUUAUCCAUCAGAUCUCCAUGUUACAAAUGAUGAGGUUUGGGUGAUGGCGAAUACACUGCCUAGAUUUGGCUACUCGAGACUGGAUACGAAUGAAUACAAUUUCUACAUAUACAGAGGUCAAGUGAAAGAUUUGAUAAGAGGCACGGCCUGCGAUAAUGUAAUGUAAAAAAUAAAGGACUACUAUAUUUA